AUGUCAGAACAAAUCAACGUUGCGAUCAUUGGAACCGGAAUUUUCGCCAAGAACGCACAUCUGCCGGCUCUAAAGGAAUCCAAGCAUUUCAACCCUGUUGCGUGUUACAAUCGUACAACUGCAAAGGCGGAAGAGUUUGCGCAGUCUGUCUCGCCGGCUUUGAAAGUUUACAACGAAUUAGAUGAUGCCUUCAAAGACCCUGAGGUUGAUUUGAUUGAUGCGUUAUUACCUGUUCAAUUCAACCAAGAUGUUGUUGAAAAGGCGGUCAAGUACAAGAAGAACAUCCUUAUUGAGAAACCGAUUGCUGCAAACCUGAAACAAGCAGGUGCAAUUGUAAAACUUGCUAGAGAGAAUCCGGAUAUUUUGAUUGCUGUCAACGAGCACUGGUGUUAUCUAAAGGCUGUCAAACAGUUGAAGGAUGCAAUUACAAAAAUUGGUAAGGUUGUAGGCUUCAACUACCAUUCCACAGGUGCAUUCAAUUUCAACAAUAAGUACGCAACAACAUCUUGGAGACAACACCCAGAGCAUAUCGGGGGUUAUUUGAGUGAUGGUGGAGUUCAUCAAUUGGCACUCCUCACCUCUGUUUUGGGUAAUGUCAAGUCGGUCAAUGCGCGUGCAACUCAAGUAAGAGAACAGAGUGGUGAUGUUGAUGUUGUGUGGGCUCUAUGUAAGAUGCAGUCAGGCGUUAUUGGAUCUUUCAACUACGGUUCGGCUUUUGGUAAUAAAAAGAAAAACGGCUACUUUGAAAUCUUGGGUGAUAAUGGUUCUAUUUACUAUGACUUUUCUCCAGAAACUGGUAACAGGUUCAUCCUUCGUACGGGAGGAUUGACCGCAGAUGAUGAAAAAACGUCUGAAGAAAUAAAAAUUGAAAAUGAACACUGGUCAGUCAGUGAAGAGUUUGAAAAAGCUGCUUUGGAAUUGAAAGGCCAAAAGGGAAAUAUUGUUUCUUGGCCAGAAGUGGCCUUCCAUCAUCUGGCCAUUGUCGACGCCAUUCUCAAAUCGAGCAACUCCGACGCCGCAACUGUCUCCGUGGCAGAGCCAUAA